CCUUAUUACAUUUCCAAGGUGUGCUGAUAAGAGCGCUUAGCCUGCUCAACUACCAGUAUUCGCCACUUAUGAAGCGCUUUAUCAAGAGCAGCCCAGCCAGCAUGUGGCUCUGACUCAGAAAAACCGAGACAAUUAUGUUGAAAUUCGUUAAGAUUCGGAGGCGGCGCCAUGAAACUAUAAAUGCCAACUCUUAAAGUCUGACGUCCGUUCCGAGCCCAUUGAUAAAAAAUAUAUUUCUGAAUGCCCGGCGCGCCCUGCCGCUUACGCAAAACUCCUGCGAACGGAUCCCGAUCCCCAUUCCGAUCCCCAUUCCGAGCCAGAGCCCAAAACCACAUACCCCAUACUCCAUACCCAGACCCAAGACCCAAGAAAUCAGAAAUCCCGAUCCGCUCUCUCACCCCCAUUCGAAGUGAAGAGCGGCGUCUGAGCGGCAACCUGAGCCGAUCCGAAGCGCCGAUCCUCGAUUUUUGAAGCGCGUAUAAAAGCUUGGCUACGUCGGCGAUGAAAGCUCAUUGUGCGCUCGCCACUCGUGAUUAUCAGGUAACGUCGAUCGGACGGACGGUCUUUCGGUUUGCCCGCCAAAAAACACGUAUACGUAGUGUUGCAGCUAGAAAGGUGCUCGAGGUGCCUUGCUGAUCUAUUGAGAAUCGUGAUCCCAGAACGCCACUAAAAUGAGUUCAAAGUUGAAUAUGUGCCGCUGGAUGCUGCUGGUCCUCGGAGUCUGUUGUCUGAUGGGCAGCUCGUCGGGCAGCUUCUGCUCCCUGGAGCGGAUGAAGAAGUUCGCGAUGGAGGCGUGCGAGCACCUGUUCCAGGCGGACGAGGGUGCCCGCCGCGACAGGAGGUCCAUCGAGUACGCGCACCACCAUCUUAACCGAGUCGGAUCCGGCAAAUCUGUCCACAAGCACCACUAUAUCAGCCGGAGCAGUUACCCAAUGGGUGGCUACCUGAAGGUGACCCGGGACCACUUCAACCGCCUCAGCGAACUGGACAUCUUUCCGCGCUACAAGCCCAUUAAGCCGCACCACGAGAAGAAGAAUCGCUUCAAGAGGGAUCACUCGAACAGGUCCUACAACAACAUCCCCUACUGCUGCUUAAACCAGUGUGAGGAGGAGUUCUUCUGCUAAGAGACCUCCAGUGCCAUGCCCCAUGUCGGUGCCAUCUGGUCAGAAUCUUCCGAGUCCGUCCAUAGUUAUAGUUAGGUUAUUGAUGUACAUUCUACAAGUCGCGCUCACUCUUAUAGAGUACCUUUUUGUGCCCACUUCCAGGGACACAAAUCCAUUUACAGUAUUUAUACACCUAGAUCGAGUUUGAAUAAACAAUCGAACACGGCAAUCG